CGCUCCAAAGCUUGCAGCAGUGUGAAGAUGGCGGCAGGCUCCGAUUUGCUAGAUGAGGUUUUCUUUAACGCUGAGGUGGACGAGAAAGUAGUUCGUGAUCUUGUGGGGUCUCUUGAGUCCGAGUUUUCGGGUCACGAGAGCCCUGAUGCAAGUAGCCAGACAGUCGCUAAACACAUGGCCAGUUCCGGGACAGGGUUUGAUGCUAAUGUCCAGCAGAACAAACGGGGACUUGCUCAAGAGGUUGCAAAAGCAGGUAUGCUGUGGUAACGUUGUUUUGCUUGUUGUUUCAAGUGUAAACGAAAGCAAACACUCGCUUAUUUGUUCACCCCCUUCUCUCACCCGUGUUUCCGCUCCACAACAGGGGCUGGAGUGCAAAGGGGGUGUCAUUAUUAGUAAUACGUGGUCCCAGGGUUCAGCUAUGGAUGCCUCAUCGAGUGAGUCGGACUCAUCGGCACGACACGGCCAAGGAAAGACUGUUGCUGUCAGUGCCAGUAUAAUAACUCCUCUCCCAAACCACGGGGGGAAAGUAGCCUCUUCCGCAACUCAAACUUUGAAUGGAGGCAGUUUAAUGAACUGUCACCAUUCAGGAAGCGCUGUCUCUCUCACUGGGACACCGCUGUCAAGUAGUUGCACGAGUAGCGGCAAUGCCUCGGUAGAUGUCACAGUUGUCAACAACGGGCCGGGGUUGUCAAAAGGACAUGCGAGCGCAGUAAUGCCACCUUCAUUGAACACCACUAUCAUCCAGACAUCAUUCGUGAACUCUCCGAAUAUUGUCACCUCGUCUCACGCUGCGAGUCUGGGCACUGGACCUGCCAUAUCACAUAUUGUGAGGCCAUCUAUGCAAACUGCGGGAUCUGGUACAGCGAUGAAUGGUCCUAAUGCGGGAUUGCCUUUCGAUUGCCUGAACAAUGGUCAGUCGCCCUCGUCUGUGGCUGUCAGUGCGGGGUCGCACAUAAUCAUGGCAGAGGCGCCCAAAACAAGCAUACAGACUGCUUCAUGUGCUGUAACGAACCCGUCGUUCCAGAGUGCACCGAGGGCUUCCACUCCGGUGACAGUGGCUGCGAGCCCGGGAGGGAGCCGUUCUAUCGCGCAACAGGUGUUGGCGCCUCGGCACCCGCAGACAUCCCCGAACCAGCCCAACGUUCAGAACAUCCAGCUUCCCCCAGGUAUGGUCCUGGUGCGCAGUGAGAGUGGGCAGCUGUUGAUGAUCCACCAGCAGACCCUGGCUCAGAUGCAGUCCCAGUCCCAAUCCCAGGGAGUCAUGGCCCCCCGCCCAGCCACCCCCACCAGCACUCCUCCUUUCCAGAUCACCUCAGUCCAGGCUCCUGGAACGCCCAUCCUCACUAGGCAGGUGACUCCCACCACUAUCAUCAAGCAGGGCUCACCUGUGCCAACCUCUGCUCCUGUCACCACCACACUCCAGAAGCCUCCUGUCACCACCACACUCCAGAGGCCUCCUGUCCUACAGAGUCCCAUGAUUGUGGUAGGGGCUGCUGCAGGCACUUCUAUGGGGACAGCGCUAUCAGGGGCCACCCAGAGGACCGUCACCGCAUCACCCGGGACCACUGUCACCUUGGCAACGGAGACGAUGGAGAAUGUGAAGAAAUGCAAGAACUUCCUGUCUACAUUAAUCAAGCUGGCGUCCAGCGGGAAGCAGUCCUCAGAGACUGCCGCCAACGUUAAAGACCUGGUCAAAGAUCUCCUGGAAGGGAAGAUUGAAGUCGAGGACUUCACCAACAGGUUAUACAGAGAGCUCAACUCCUCACCUCAGCCUUACCUCGUGCCUUUCCUCAAGAGGAGCCUUCCUGCUCUGCGGCAGCUCACCCCAGACUCAACAGCCUUCAUCCAGCACAGUGGGCUCCAGCAGCAGGCCUCUGCCACCACCCCCACCACUGUGGUACUGGACAGCCCAGCCCUGCGCCCUGCAGCCCCAAACAUCAGACCACACCUCCAGUCUGUCAUCAGCAAACAGGGGCUGACUACCCCAAUGGUGCUCCAGCCUCGGCAGCAGGGGGCAAUGGUAAGGCCUCUUCAGAUGACCCCCAUGGUGACCCUCAGAGGACCGCCCCCCCACAGUCACAUCAUGCUGGGACAGCCACAGGUGCAGCUCAAACAGCUACAGACAGUCCCUGUAGUGAAUCCUGGAGUGUUGACUGGAUCUAAGUCGUCUCCUGGUGCUGCCUCUCUGGCCACUGUAGCUCAGAAGAACAAGCUGAAGGAAGCUGGGGGCACAUUCAGGUCAGCUAUGGAUGACGAUGACAUCAAUGAUGUGGCAUCUAUGGCUGGGGUUAACCUGUCUGAGGAGAGUGCCCGUAUCCUGGCAACCAACUCCGAGCUGGUGGGAGCGGUGACACGGUCCUGUAAGGACGAGGCCUUCCUCCAUACCUCCACACUGACCAGUAGAAUACUGGAAAUAGGUAAGAAGUUUGGUGUUAGUGAUCUGGGGCCGGAGGUAGUGAACUACGUGUCCCACGCUUCCCAGACCAGGCUUCAGAACCUGUUGGAGAAAGUCUCUGAGGUGGCCCAGCAGAGGAACAUCAACUUCAAGGAGGACAGUCGGUACGAGCAGACGAGCGACAUGCGUGCCCAGAUCAAGUUCUUUGAGCAGCUGGAUCAGAUGGAGAAACAGAGGAAAGAGGAGCAGGAGAGAGAGAUUCUGAUGAAGGCAGCAAAGUCUCGUUCUCGUCAAGAAGACCCUGAGCAGCUGCGGUUGAAACAGAAGGCCAAAGAGAUGCAGCAGCAGGAGCUGUUUCAGUUGAGACAGAAGGAAGCUAACCUGACGGCGCUGGCAGCCAUAGGCCCCAGGAAGAAGAGGAAAAUGGAGGCUGCAGCCGCUGCAGCUGGAGCUGAGGGCUCAGGGUCCAGUCCCGCUGCGUCUGGUAGUGGUAGUUCAGGAGCAUCCAGACAGUUUAUCCGCCAGCGCAUCACUCGUGUCAACCUCAGGGACCUGCUCUUCUGUUUGGAGAAUGAGAGAGACACCAGUCACUCCCAUCUCCUCUACAAAGGCUUCCUCAAAUAGACACCCAGAGAGCCAGUCCAGAGAACUGUCACCCUAACCUUCACUAAAGCAACUCCCUCAAAUACAAUGAUGUCAAGAUUCUCCAGGCCACAGUGAAUGGAGCUACCUAAAGUGACUGGAACGUUUGUCUCCCCUGUAUACUCUGGUUGUCCUUUCGCUCUUCAUCUGGUUCUAUGCCUGACUGCUCCCUCAACACUCCUCCACCUUCCAUCAGAGCAAUCCUGGAACAUUCACAUUUUCUACUGUUUUUAUUUCCUUUUUAUUGACUUUGUUUUAGAAUCCCCUUUUAAUGAAACUGUAAAUAAAUAAAUACAUUAUUAUACAUUUUACUUGGAAGGCCGUUUUGUAGUGUGCAAACCGAUUCUACAAAAUAGUCCAUUUAUUUUAAAAUUCUGUUUAUAUGAAAAAAUAUAUUUUUAAUAAUUAAUCAUCAGUGUUUCUAGCGAUUGUUGAGAACAAUUAUCCUUAUUUUGUUUUUGGUAUUCUAUUGGCCUCUGAAUUAGUUUGAACACUUCUGAUUUCUUCUUGCCUUCCUGACAAAAGAAGCCAUAUAUUUUAAUAUAAUGUUGAACAGCAAAGCAAUUCAUCUAGUGAUUCAUUCUGAAAUCUGAAGCAGUCAAUGUGUCUUUAGUUUCUCUGUUUGAGCUUGUCUUGAAUUCAAUAUCUUGUAUUUAUAUUCUGUAAUCAGAUCAAACACGUUUUUCUUUUCAGUCUCCAUUUGUGUUUUUGAGAUCACAUCUUCUGUUUCUGCAUGGGAUAAGGUGUGAAAAUGUGUAUUUUAGAGGGAAUGAGUUGAUAGUCUCUACAAUUGUAUUCUAAUGAUUUAAUAUUUGUUUUAUGCAUUUUGGGGUCAUUUAGGUAUUUGCAAUGAUGAAUUAUUGGAUUUCAACAAUAGUAAAAACUAUUUUAAAAUAGACAACUCAAAGGCCCCUUUGCCACCACAAAACAACUGUGCAUAUGCAUGUAGGAAAGUUUAAUUUUUAUUAGUUUUAUUGGACUGCAUGUAUUCUACCAUUUCUCAAAUAACUUUUUUCUUAUAUUCUAACCCUAGACUUGAUGAUAUUCUGAGGUAUGAAUGGUGAUGUUAUUAUUUUUUAAAGCUGUCCUAUCUGUUCAAUAAUCUGUGCUUCUGUUCUGAUGCCCCAUUGGACAGCCCUGGCUAGAUGUUUCAGUACCUGUUACUUUCCAUAUUUGUCUCUUACAGAGAAAUCAAAGUAAGGGAGAAGCAUAGCAUGUCUCCCUUAUUUCUUGUACAUUUUGCACAGACACUUGUUCAUAUGUAAAUAUUUUACCUAAAGUUUUUUAACUGCAAUGGUUUUGUAUAGGAUUGAAAGAUAAACUCCUUCAUUAAAAGUGCAAAAUAUUUUGCCAUAUUUUCA